AUGUAUAAUUAUAAUUUUGUGGGCAUUAUAUUUUUGUGCGCACCAAGGGGUUUAUACAAAGGUAUGGGCGCCCCACUCGCUACGGUUGCAGCCUUCAAUGCUGUGAAUCAGCAGUUUGUUUGUGGAGCUGGAGCUGGUGUUGCUGUUUCCUUUCUUGCUUGCCCAACUGAAUUAAUCAAAUGCAGGUUGCAAGCACAAAGUGCACUUGCUGGCACUGGAACUGCAGCUGUGGCCAGGCAAGUUCUCCGGUCAGAGGGGGGUAUGAGAGGUCUUUUCAAAGGCUUGGUUCCCACAAUGGCACGUGAGAUACCUGGAAAUGCAAUAAUGUUUGGCAUAUAUGAAGCAUUAAAGCAACGGUUUGCAGGUGGCACCGAUACCUCUGGUCUAAGUAGAGGUUCUCUGAUUGUUGCCAGAUGCUUGGCUGGAGGUUCUUUCUGGUUCCUUGUUUACCCAACCGAUGUUAUUAAAAGUGUGCUUCAAGUAGAUGAUUAUAAGAAUCCUAAGUUUUCGGGUUCAUUUGAUGCUUUCAGAAAGAUUAUGGCUUCUGAGGGAUUCAAAGGCCUAUAUAAAGGUUUUGGUCCUGCAAUGGGCAGAAGUGUUCCUGCAAAUGCAGCAUGCUUCUUAGCAUAUGAGAUGACAAGACCAGCUUUAGGAUGAAUAAUUCUUAUGGUAAAGCUUAUUAUCAAAUUGUCAUGUUUUUUUUUCUUCUUUUGUUCCCAAAACUUUUUUCACUACAUUAAUUAC